AAGGUUCGUUUGAGGAAAAAACCCACUCCUUUCUGUGUUUCCAGGUAGAGAGGAUACCUAUAUAAUACUAUAUUGCCACUGUUCACAAAGCCAUAAUAGGGCUAAAGCUUCAAGCUUUUAACAAUGGCGAAGCUUGAGGACCAAAAGCCAUGGAAGGUGGAGUAUGCUAAGUCAUCAAGAUCCUCAUGCAAGACUUGUAAGUCCCCCAUUGAAAAGGAAGUUCUUCGUUUCGGAAAGAUGGUUCAGGCCACCCAAUUCGACGGUUUCAUGCCUAUGUGGAAUCAUGCUAGUUGUAUACUGAAGAAAGCAAAGCAGAUUAAAUCUAUUGAUGACGUUGAAGGUAUUGAGCAACUAAGGUGGGAAGAUCAGCAGAGAAUCAGAAAAUAUGUGGAGGGUCAAGGUGGUGCUGGUGCUGGUGCUGGUGGUGAUCAACCUGAGGAAACAUAUGGUGCCAAGAAUGUUGAAUGUGGUAUUGAAGUUUCUCAAACUUCUCGUGCCACUUGCAAACGUUGUAGUGAAAAAAUCAUGAAAGGGCAGGUUCGUAUAUCUACCAAGCCUGAAGGUCAAGGACCUAGGGGAUUGGGUUGGCACCAUGCCAAUUGUUACAUGAACUUUUCCCCAUCUACACAAUUGGAGAAACUACCUGGAUGGGACAAACUCCCUACAACCGAUCAAGAAGCUGUCCUCGCCUUGGUUGAGAAGGUUCCCUCUAAAGUGAAAAGUGGUAAGCAAGUACAAGAAGAUGAAGGAGUGAAGCAAACAUCUUCCAAAGCAGGUACAAAACGAACGAAAGAUGUUGUUGGGAAUCAGGAAUCCAAACUUGCAAAAGCUUCUGGGGAUGUGUCUACAAGCAAGCAUCAUCAGGAAGCGUCUGAUCUAGAUACUAAACUAGAGGCCCAGAGUAAAGAACUGUGGUCGCUGAAAGAUGACCUUAAAAAACAUGUGACAUCAGCUGAGUUGCGUGAAAUGCUCCAAGCCAAUGAUCAAGAUUCAACAGGAUCAGAGCUUGAUAUGCGUGAUCGCUGUGCUGAUGGAAUGAUGUUUGGAGCGCUUUCUAGUUGUCCUCUUUGUUCUGGCUCUCUUCGUUACUCUGCUGGUAUGUACCGGUGCCAAGGUUACCUUACAGAAUGGAGCAAGUGUAGCUUCUCCACUCGUGAACCAGAACGUAUAGAAGGGAAGUGGAAAAUCCCGGAAGACACAGAUAAUCAAUAUCUUAUCAAGUGGUUUAAAUCGCAAAAGGUUGUAAAACAACCACGGAUACUGCCUCCAAUGUCUCCGAAUGGAAACCAUGCUUCUCGUGGUGGAUCACAAUCAUCCAAUAGUGAUCGCUUGGCAGAUUUGAAAGUCUCUAUUUCUGGAUUACCCAAGGAAACAAUAAAAGAGUGGAAAAGCAAAAUCGAGGGAGUAGGUGGAGCGUUUCAUGCCAAGAUUAAGAAAGAUACAAACUGUUUAGUUGUGAGUGGCACAGCGGAUGACCAAGAGGCUGAGAUUAAGAAGGCGAGGAGGAUGAAAAUACCGAUCGUUAGAGAGGAUUAUCUGGUUAAUUGCUUUGGAAAACAGAAGAAACUCCCAUUUGAUCUUUACAAAGUUGAAGCUAUCGGUGAGACCUCUAGCAUGGUAACUGUCAAAGUUAAAGGGAGAAGUGCAGUGCAUGAAUCCUCGGGUCUGCAAGACACCGGACACAUUCUCGAGGUUGGAAAAAGCAUUUAUAACACAACUCUUAACAUGUCUGACUUAUCAACCGGUGUCAACAGUUACUAUAUCCUCCAAAUUAUCCAAGAUGAUAAGGAUUUGGAUUGCUGCAAUGUAUUCCGAAAAUGGGGUCGAGUGGGCACCAAAAUCGGAAGUGAGAAAAUGGACGAGAUGUCAAAAGCAGAUGCAAUCUCUGACUUUAAACGUAUUUUUCGUGAGAAGACUGGCAAUUCAUGGGAAGCAUGGCUUGAAAAACAAAAUUUUCAGAAGCAACCGGGGAAAUUUUUCCCCUUAGAUAUUGAUUACGGUGUUAACAAAAAAGUAUCGACGAAAAAUCUCCAAAAAGAGGAUAGCAAACUUGCUCCACCAUUAGCCGAACUGAUGAGGAUGCUUUUCAAUGUCGAAACUUACAGAGCUGCCAUGAUGGAAUUUGAAAUCAAUAUGUCUGAAAUGCCACUUGGGAAACUGAGCAAACAUAAUAUUCAAAAGGGAUUUGAGGCAUUGACCGAACUACAGAAUCUGUUAAAGAACAGUAAUCAUAAUAAUGAUUCAAUGUUAGAAAGUUUGAUUGUUGAUGCUAGCAACCGGUUUUUCACUGUGAUCCCGUCUAUUCAUCCUCAUGUUAUUCGGGAUGAAGAUGAUUUUAAGUCAAAGUUGAAAAUGUUAGAAGCUCUUCAGGACAUUGAAAUUGCUUCCAGAUUAGUUGGUUUUGAUGUUGAUGAUGAUGAAUCUCUUGAUGAUAAGUACAAGAAGCUUAGAUGUGACAUCGAUCCAAUUCCUCGUGACAGUGCAGAUUACAGUUUGAUCGAGAAAUAUCUCCUCAAUACUCACGCCCCUACUCACACGGAUUGGAGUCUUGAACUCGAAGAAGUCUUCUCACUCGAAAGGGAAGGGGAGCGUGAUAAGUUUGCUCCUUACAGGGAAAAGCUUGGCAAUAAAAUGCUUCUUUGGCACGGUUCUCGGUUGACAAACUUCGUAGGCAUACUUAGCCAAGGACUGAGAAUAGCUCCACCCGAAGCUCCAGCUACCGGUUACAUGUUUGGGAAGGGUGUUUAUUUUGCUGAUCUUGUGAGUAAGAGUGCUCAAUACUGCUAUACCGAUAGAAAAAGUCCUGUCGGUCUGAUGCUUCUAAGUGAAGUCGCUCUUGGAGAGGUCUACGAGCUCAAGAAAGCUAAGUAUAUGGAUAAGCCUCCUCAAGGAAAGCACUCUACGAAAGGACUCGGGAAGAAGGUACCUCAACAAUCGGAAUAUGUGAAAUGGAAGGAUGACGUCGUUGUGCCUUGUGGAAAACCCGUGCCUUCGAAUGUCAAAGCCUCCGAGCUCAUGUACAACGAGUACAUAGUUUAUAAUACUGCUCAAGUGAAGAUGCAGUACUUAUUGAAGGUAAGGUUUCAUCACAAGAGGUAAAAACAAAAUCUGUUGGUCAUAAUAUCGUUCAUAGUGUACAGAAACAGUUUCGAUGAAUUGCAGUCUUCGUCUUAAUCGUGAUUUAGAUCUCAUUUUGGGGGUUUGUUCGAGAUCUACCAGCUUUUGUUUUCGGUACUAUGUAAAGGGGGUGUUAAGUACUGCUUUUGAUGAACAAAAGUGUCGAAUUUUCAGCAUUUCCUUCCCCGACCGCACGGGGUUGAAUUAUGCAUUUUUAAUGAACACUUUGGUUCUGGGUGUUUUUUUUUCCACUGUGAUUUCAAUGAAAAAACACAAGUAUUAAAUUUCAUGUCUUCCUUACAAAGUA